UCUGUAUUUAUAAAAUGAAGAAUCAGAAUUUGCUGAAGAAGAAGAAGCAGCAAUGGGAGGAGGCAACGGGCAGAAAUCGAGGAUGGCUCGAGAGAAGAACAUCGAAAAGUUGAAAGGAAACAAAGGAAGUCAACUUGAGAACAACAAGAAAGCCAUGUCUAUUCAGUGCAAGAUAUGCAUGCAGACAUUCAUGUGCACCACAACUGAAGUGAAGUGCAAGGAACACGCAGACGCCAAACACCCUAAAACCGGUCUUCAAACAUGUUUCCCUCAUCUCAACAACAAAUGAAACCUAUCAUCAUAACUCUCUAUCAGACCAGACC